GUAGGUCUGUCACGUGGCACCACAACUGGGACUGGACCUACACGCACCUGCGUCAGACAUGUUGUCUAUUGUGUUUAUCCUAUGCAUCAUCGGGGUAUGGUGUGCUCCGAAUGUAUUGCAAGAUGGCGACUUCGAGGCUGGAAAUCCAAAAACGGCUUGGACCUGCUCGUGCGACCUGACCUUGUCUCCAGACAGCCACACCGGAAGUCACAGUGUGAAGGUUGACAACAGGAAGUUCAAAUACUCAGGUCCUGCCCAGGUGGUUCCGGUCCAGCCAGGUCACAGAUACACCUUCAGUGCCUACGUCAAACUGUUGAACCAGUUACCAGGCCACUUGUACCAUGGCGUCAACAUCAACGUAGACAUAGUGACAACACAGGGGAACCAUCAUUAUGACAACAUGGGCAAGUCUCCCUACAUACAGCUUGGUACAGGGUGGCAUCUGAUAGGAGGGGACUAUCUCAUACCUAACAACACCAAAACGUUUAAGGUGUACAUUGAAAUCGAUCAACCACAAGUAAACUACCUCCUUGACUCUGCCAUAUUUGAGGAAGUACCUCCUCUACACAACUUCCGGUCUGCAGCAGACGACAGGAUAGAGACACUGAGGAAAGCAAACGUCACUAUCAAAUUAGCUGGCACAGAUAUCGACCCUGCUGGAUUAACUGUUGAUUUGGAGCAGACCUACAGCGAGUUCAUCAUCGCCUCCGCUAUAGACGCCAAAAUGAUCGUUGAUCCCAACUAUAAAAAGUACCAGGACUUCUUUUACAAGAACUUUGAGUGGGGUCUGCCCUCUAAUGCACUCAAGUGGACUGGCACCGAACACGUGGAGGGACAUACCAACUACUCAGUCCCAUUCGCCGCCGUGGACGCCCUCCUUCAGCACGGAAAGAAGGUGAAAGGUCACAACAUAUUUUGGGACGUAAAGAAAAGUGUUCCCAAAUGGCAGUACAAUAAACCUGCAGCGGAGCUCAAGUCUCUCAUGGCGACACGAAUCCAGGGGGUUGUAGGGGGACUGAAGGGGAAACUCCAACACUGGGACGUAAACAACAACGAGAAUCUUCAUGGCGACUUCUACGAGCAAGAGACUCAAAGACCCCAACAUCACCCAUGUGGAUGUUCAGAGAGACACAUAAAAGCAGACCCAGCUGUUAAGCUCUUCCUCAACGACUACAACAUCGUCAAGCAGCCAUAUGACAUACAUUCUUCCGUUCGGGACCAGGCUGCCAAAGCAGGCCUGCCCAUCAUGAUCCACAGAGAGCUGGAUGUGGACACAGCGGACGAGCAGGAGAAGGCAGCACGUAUAUACGAGGAUCUCUACUGUCUAACACUACAGGGUGGGACUAUUGUAUACUGA